GGGCGGUGUGGCCGGCGCGGGCUGACCGCGGGCAGUGUCCGGCGCGGCGCCGCAGAGCCAUGCCGCCCGAGCGCGGCGCCUUCACUGUGCUGGAGCCGGGUGGCGGGGUCGUGCCCGUGCUGGCCGUGCGCCCCGUGCCGCGCCCCGCCCCGCGCCCCGCGCCGCGCCCCGCGCCGCCGCACUCCAUGCUCGACCCCAACUUCUCCCGCGCGCUCGACUUCAAGCUGCGGCGGCUGAAGCGCGAGGCCCGCAUGGAGCCGUCCCCGCGCCGCGCGCCCCCCGCGGCCCCCGCGCCUCCCGCACCCGUGCAGGACGCCGACAAGCCGCGCUUCGUGACCACGGUGAAGACGGGCCGCUUCCUGCCGCCGCCGCCGCAGUACGCGACGCUGCUGGGGCUGGAGUCCCUGUACCCCGCAGAUGCGCCGCGUCCCCUGUACUCGUACUCGAGCCGGCCGCAGGCGCUGGCGUCCCGCGCACGGCGCUCGCUGCCCCCCGCGGCCCCUGUGGCCCCCGCCCCCGCGCCCCCCGCAGCCCCCGCGGCCCCGGCGGUCCCCCGCGCGCGCGCCGUGCUGGCGGGGGUGCGCGCGCUGGCGGCGGCGGUGGCCGGCAUGAGGCCCGAGCGCGACCAGCUCACGGACGACGGCUACGCGAACGUGAUGCACGAGCGGCGCGUGGCGCGCGGCAGCACCGUCGCCGCGCACCCGCACGCCGCGGGUGACGGGGCGGCGACGGCGGCGGCGCGCGCGCAGGCGUCGCGGCGGCGGGCGCUGGCGCGGCGCGCGGCCGCGGCCCGCCUGCGCCCCGGCACGCCGCCGCCCGCGCCCGGCCGCCGCCACCACCCCAUACAGACCGACUACUACCUCGAGGAGCUGUUCGACAAGGGCGUGGAGAUGUCGGUGGGCGUGCAGACGGACCUGUUCCUGGACCGCCCCCCCUCCCCGCUGCACGUGCCCGCCAAGACGGGGGAGGACGCCGCCACGCAGAUCUACCCCGGGGACUUGUUCGACUUCGACGUGGAAGUGGCGCCUAUCCUGGAGUCGCUGGUGGGCGGCACGCUGGCGGCGGCGCUGGGCGAGGCGGCGCGCGAGGAGGAGCUGGCCGCGCUGCAGCAGCAGCGGCGCCGCUUCCGCGAGCUGCGGGACGCGGAGCGCGCCGAGCGGACGCGCCUGGCGCGCCAGGACGCGCGCUUGCACCAGGAGAAGGAGGCGCGCGUGGCGGAGGCGCGCGCGGCGGGGGCGGCGGCGCGGGAGGCGCGCGCGCGGGCGGCGGCGCUGCAGCUGGUGCAGGGCAGCGUGGCCGAGCUGCUGCCCGCCGCGCUCGCCGGCCUGCGCGACCAGGGCUUCCUCGUGGACGCCGCGCACAGAGGCGUGGAGGAGGAGUUCCUGCCGUGGCUCGCGGGCGAGGUGGCGCGCGAGAUCCAGUCCAUCAUCACCAGCCGCGACGUCGUCACAGAGAUGGUGCGGGAGGUGAUAUCGGCGCGCGGGGCGGAGUAUGCGGCUUGCGGGGCGCGGGACGCGGGGCGCGCCUCGCCGCCGGACUCCGAGACCCCGCCGCCGCUGGACCCCGAGCAGAUGACAGUUGAAGGAGAAGAGUGACGUCGGGGACGGACGAGCAAGAUGCGGUUAUAGAAACGGAUAUAGCCUUAGUGAUAGAGACCAAGCGACAUGUUGCCUUAUCUUAGCAAUUGAAAAUUUUAGCAUCUAGCAUUUAAAUGACUUGUUGAAAAUAAUGAGUCAGUAUGAACACGCUUCAUUGUGAUUAGUGCAGCGGUGGCGGGGCGCCGUGGAGCCCUGGACCUCCUCCCGAGCCCAGAGCUGACGCCUCGGUGGGUGACGCGUGAUUUUAUCGACUAGACGGUACCAAGGUCUCACCAUAAAACCUAAACACAAUAAACAGAUUUUUAGCGCCGUCCUACUUGGGUUAACCUUUUUUGUGGUAAUGCAGACAGUAAAAUAUUGCGUCCAUCGUCGGCGUAGGAGGAAAUACACACGCAUGCACUAUGAGGCGCUCGGGCGGCUGUCAGCUGGACCACAUCGCCCCGCUCCUGUAGCCAGUACCUACACCUAGCGGAGUACUUACUGUAGGAAGUUCUGUAAGUACUUACCUACCGAGUACCGACGAGCAGCUUAUUAUGAUUAGAUAUUUGAAUCCGUCCCAGCUGGAGUCAACGUGUUACUCUUAUAACGAAGAAAGGAAUAAUAAGAACAAUAAAAUUACUUGAUUUGGAACUUUAGGCACCUACCGAAAAUGCCAAACUGCGAAAUAAACUGAUCAUAGUAAUACUUAGUACAAACAGUUAUUCCUUAAUUAAUAAAACAUGCGAAUAAUAGAGGUAUCUUCGUUAUCAGAGUACCGUGUAGCUUUCAGCAAAAAAUACAGUAAGUUUAGAAAUAACUACUUAUAUAUUUUUAUAAUAUUCAGUGUGUCACGCAGAUAAAUUAUUAUUUAGGUAACAAAAUUUACGAUUGAGCAAAUCAUGAAUAUAUUAUUUAGUAAUCAGAUCAUGUAUCUA